AUGGUAUCAGAGCAAAGAUCUGGAGCGGGUUGUCUUCAUCUCUUCUUUGAUUCAUCAAUGGUGGAUUCACAAAAUUCAUCUCAUUUCUCCGAUCCUGUUGGUACUGUCACUCAUGCAUGUAAUCCGUCUAAAGAUGUUUCUUCGCCUUACUAUCUUCAUCACGCAGAGAAUCAUAGUUCGGUCAUUGUCACGCCUAAGCUCACAUUGGCUAAUUUUGCUUCUUGGAGAAGGUCCUUUCUGCUUGCGGUUUCAAUUAGGAAUAAGCAAGGUUUUCUUGAUGGAUCUAUACUGAAACCUACACUAGAAGAUCCUCUUUGUCUAUCUUGGGUCCGAUGUAACAAUCAUCUUGUUGCGUGGUUGCUCAGGUCAGUUUCGCCUCCAAUUGCUUCUACUGUGUUCUACAUGGAGGAUGCGAAACAAAUUUGGGAGAAAUUGAAUUAG